GACGAAACUACGAAACAGAGGGAAUUCGUAUUAGACGCGAGAAGCCGGAGAACAACCUCAUGAUGUGCGUUCGAGGAUCUUUUUACUAAAGAUCUUUUAAAAAAUUGCAUCCACUCUAAAUCGCAAGGACAUUUAUUUUCCAAGACAAAAGUUGAACAACUUGUGACGUGAUGGAUAAACUAGAAACAAAGGGUUCGGGGUCGAAAAAGUGGCAUGCACCCCUGGCUGAUAAAAUCAGGCCCAGUGAACUAGCUGACUACAAGGGACAAGCUCAUCUCAUUGGGCCCAACAGCAUAUUACGUGACUUGUUAAAAAAUGGUAAAAUACCUAGUAUGAUAUUGUUUGGUCCACCUGGCUGUGGAAAGACUUCUUUGGUCAAUGUCAUAAUUCAAGAGAGUAAAAAAUUAUCCGACAGUACAGUGAGAUUUGUCAAACUGUCAGCAACUUCUGCGGGUAUUAAUGACGUCAAAAAAGUAGUUACAGAAGCAGAAACCUUAGCUAAAGAAGGCAAACGUACCGUUGUUUUCAUGGAUGAAAUACACAGGUUCAACAAACUCCAACAAGAUAUAUUUCUUCCUCACGUGGAAGCUGGAACAUUUACUUUGAUUGGGGCCACAACUGAAAAUCCAUCAUCCAGUUUGAAUUCCGCGCUACUGAGUAGAUGUCGAGUAUUUGUUUUGAAUAAAUUGAGCAAGGAAGAUUUGAUUGAAAUACUCUCCAAAGCUGUAACAUCAAUGUCUGGAAAAAUAGUGAAAAAAAGUAAAAAACAGGUCAUGGAAGAUUCAAAUGUAAAAUUUUAUAUUGAGGACGUGAUUAUUGAUUGGUUAGCAGACAUUUGUGACGGCGAUGCCAGAGUAGCUUUGGGAGGAUUGGAAAUAGCUGUACAAACUAAAUUAAGUGACACAACUAGCGGGUCUCAACCAAUAGUUUUGAAUUUAAGCGACAUUAAAGAUAGUCUGAAGGAAACUCAAUGUUUAUCGGAUAAAAAUGACAGUGUUAAUCACAUGUAUUCUGCAUUGCACUAUUCCAUACUAGGGAACGACAUUAAUGCUGCUUUGUAUUGGCUAGUUAGGAUAUUGGACAUCAAAGAAGAUCCAGUAUGCAUUGCAAAAAGAUUGAUUAGAAUAGCGAGUGAAGCUAUUGGAACUGAUGAUGAACUUUCUCUGAGCAUGGCUGUCAAUACCCUGCAAGCCUGUCAGAUGAUAGGAUUGCCAGAGUGUGAUGUAAUGUUGGCAGAAUGCGUUAUUUACCUAGCGGGGGCAGAAAAAUCGGAGGAAGUCGCAAAGGCUUAUGCAAAGUCUGUAAAUACCAUCGAGAAUCAGAAGGGGCCUCAACCAAAAGUUCCUCUAUUUAUUAAGGAUACAUCUUCUCAAGGAAAGCUUAAGGCUGCACUAGGAAAAAAUUAUAAAGAGUCCAUAUCUGUCGAAAAUUUAAACAAAUGCCACUUACCCGAAGGCUUGGAGAAUGCAAAUUUUUUCGACAGCAACGACGAUGGCAACUGAUAACCUGUGGUGUUGUCUCACCAUUCCGUCCACCAUGUCCUUGGCUGUCCAAUGAUUAAAAAACGCACACUUGAAUGUACUUUUUUUUUUUAUAUCACAUAAGCAAAGUCCAAUCUCUAUAUUUUUGUACGAAAAAACGCCGACGCGCACUGCGUUGCACUACCGUUGCCAAA